CAGAGUGUCAAAGUACAAAUUUAGAAGCUUAUAUAUAGACUCAGCAGGUCAUCUUUUCAUGAGCUGAUUUGUUAAAAAUUUCUCAAGUAAAGCUACAUUUGUUGGAGGAUCUUUCAACAUAAAAUAAUAUAAAGGAUGUCAAACUUGGGACAAUUUGACUCUGACUUUUACCAAUCUAAUUACACCAUUGAUAAUCAGGAGCAGACUUGUAAUGAUUCUAAUGCCUGUGGAAAUCUUUAUGGAUCUAGAAAACAACAAGCCAGUGAGCAGCCUCAGCCUGCCUUUGUCCCAGCAGAGAUGCUUGCAUCAUCAGGUUAUUCAGGACAGUUUUUUCAGCCAGCAUCCAACCAGGAUUAUUAUUCACCAUCUUCUUACAUUGACAGCUUUGAAGAAGAGCCUCCUUUACUAGAAGAACUUGGAAUUAAUUUUGAUCACAUAUGGCAAAAAACCUUGACAGUGUUAAACCCAAUGAAGCCAGCAGAUGGCAGCAUUAUGAAUGAAACAGAUCUCACUGGGCCCAUCCUGUUCUGCGUGGCUCUAGGAGCCACCCUACUUUUGGCAGGAAAAGUCCAGUUUGGUUAUGUGUAUGGCAUGAGUGCCAUUGGCUGCCUAGGUAUUCAUGCCUUACUGAACUUGAUGAGCUCUUCAGGAGUGUCCUAUGGCUGCGUGGCGAGUGUGCUGGGAUACUGCCUGCUCCCCAUGGUCAUCCUCUCCAGCUGCGCCAUCUUCUUCUCACUGCAGGGCACCUUUGGAACUGUGUCGGCACUGGUCAUCAUUGGCUGGUGUAGUCUCUCAGCCUCCAAAAUCUUCACGUCAGCUUUGGCCAUGGAAGGACAGCAGCUUCUCAUUGCCUAUCCUUGCGCCUUACUUUAUGGACUCUUUGCCCUCGUAACAGUUUUCUGAAGAAUGCUCAAGAUGGCAUUACAGGAUUCUAUUUGUUUGCUGUUCAGGUUAUCUUGGAAAUGGUUUAGCAUUCACAUUUGGUCAUAUGAUUUCUGUUUUUAUCACUAAGAGAAUAAUAAGCAGAGAGACAAAACAGCACUUAAGGAUGGGACUCUAAUAGGCUGUUUGGUUUGAAUGAUGAUUUGCUUUUUGGUUGGUGCAUUAAAACAAUUUAAAAUACUUUAAGAUAAAAGGAUAUAUAGUUGUUGUACUGAUGGACUCUAUUUUUCUUAAUGGAUGCACUUCUGAGAAAUUGUAAGUAAGUAAAAUCAUAUGCUGACUGGUUAGAGGAAAUCCACACUGAGCCUUUUGAGAAAACGUCAUGACAUUUCAAGCUGUGUACAAGUGGUUAAAGUCACACUGUGCAGGACCUUUGGAGAAUUGCAGGGGAGGAUUAUUUACAGUUUUAUUCACCUGAGAACUGAAUCUCCUAUCUCUCUGUUCAUUUACUUCCCCAACUGUUGUUUGGUUCCAUUUGAACAAUGCAUUCAUUCACCAGUUUGAAGCCCUCAUUUCCUUCUUACUUAGUUUAGACACCAUGGUUCAUUGCUAUAAUUUCUCCCUUGAACAUGUAUGUCCUCAGUAAGCUUGCCAUUUGCUCCCUGAAUAGAUGAAUGUGAAUGGAGGAAAUGCUACUUGUUUCUCCUUUAUUAUAGUACUACAUCUUAAAUGGCUGCUCUGUACUACCUUUCAAAUCCUACUGUAUUACCCUACCAAAUUCACUUUUUCACUUUCUGAGAUAAUUGUUUCAAACAAUUUCUUCACUAGGGCUUUCCUGGUGCCUCAGUGGUAAAGAAUCUGCCUGCAAUGCAGGAGAUGCAGGUUCUAUCCUUGGGUUGGGAAGAUCCCCUGGAGAAGCAAGUAGUAACCCACUUCAAUAGUCUUGCUUUGGAAAUCCCAUGAGAGGAGCCUGUCAGGCUAUAGCCCAUGGGAUUGAAGGAGUCAGACACAACUUAGCGACUAAAUGAUAACAACAACAAUUUCUUCACUAUUCAGAUCUCUAAUACUCUUUUCUGUUAGUUGAUGACUUUUCUUAUUUUAUUGGAAAAAAGAAACAUCUAGAAGAAAAUUACAUCUUCCCAUCAUAGAUCUAUCAACCUACAUGCAUCUUUACAUACAUUUGUGUGUAUACAUAUUUGUGUGUAUACAUAUGUGUAUAUUUACAUAAGCACAACAUUCCCCCAUUAAAAGCCAGAGAACUGGGCCAUCAUUGGAGAGUGAUGUUGAAUUAAAGAAUUUUUAUUUUAAGAUAAGAGACGUUGAAAGAUGGUUUUGUGCUAAUACAAAUGAUAGGUCAAGAGGAAAACAUUGAUUGUCCAGGUGGAGGGGCUGGGUGUGGAGGGGAAAGGAGACAAUGACAAGGGGGAAUGUGUGAUGUGUGAAUGUGUGAAAGACCUGUGCAUAUGGCAGGGCACAUACAUAAUUACCAAACAUCUGCUCCUGUGAUUGUCCUGUGAAUUACCCCUCUCCCCUUUGAAGCUCCAGACCCCUAUCCCAUUCCUUAGCUCAGGAUGGCAUAUAAGCCUCAGUUGCUCAACUUGCUUUUGAGUCUUGUAUCUUUGGGGCUUCUAUAUGAAUGAAAUUAAAUUUGUUUUCUCCUGUUAACCUAUCUUAUGUUAACUUAAUUAUUUGGCCAGCCAAAGUGCCUAGAAGGAAAGAAAGAAAAAAAUUUUCCUCCUCUACAGUGGGUGUUGAUUAUUGUAGUAAAGGAGACAAAAAUGGCUGCAGCCUGAAUAGAAAUUGCAUUGGGAGUGGGGAAAAAAUAGACAAUAAAAACGUAAGUGAUAAAUAAACAAGAUAAUUACAGAAUUAUGAGAAGGAUACUAAGGAGGAACAUGUAGAGGAGAAGACAGUGCUGUGGUGUUAAACUUCUGUACUUUAUAAUUAAUAAAUGAAUCUGUUAACGAA